AUGAACCUGGAGAGCAGCAGCGUGCUAACAGUGCUAACAUGUGCUAAUUUUUGUUGGGAGCAUCCAUGUCAGAGCGUUUUCACUUCAGCAGGAGACCCUGGCAAUUCCAGGGCCCAAGUCACGAUCUGCUGGAGCAUCGGUAGGUGUGGUCGAUCUCGUUCCGGCUCUGCCUGGCUCAAGAGCAAGAUUGCUGUAGUCACCUUCCUCUCACCUACCGCCAAUCCACCUUGGAUUGACAUUGCCAUGAAGCCCGCGUGCGUUGUGGCUUGCUUGUUUGCUUUGGCUUUCAAGGCCGGGGUGUCUGCCGACACCCUUCGGGUCGACGGGGCUGGAACAGAUGUCGUGGAUGCCAGAGGAACGGAAACCGCGGACGCGUGCCAGUCCGGGAGCCUGAUCCAACGCCUGAGCUCAUCCCAUAAGGUGCUGUCCGACACUGAGGCGACGCCGGCGGAGUCCCUCAAGAAGACAUCAGAGAUCAAGGAGAAGAAGAAGAAGCUGAAGAAGCAAAAGUCGAACAAGAAACACUCAGAUUUCAUGGCCUUUCUCGCCGAGGCAGAAAAGGAUGGGCCUGGGCAUCCUGAGGGCUCUGAGUGCGAGCCGGCAGGAGCCCUGGCUGUGUCACGCGUUGUGUGCGACUUUCGCAUGCCGCGUCGGCCCAGAGCUCCGCUAUUGGGCGAGAACAGGGCAAAGUUCGAGUUGCUUUCGCAGAAGGUCUUCGCCCUCGACCUGGAUCCUGUCCUCGCCCGCCUUGUCAAGAAAAGCGAGUACGCACCCAAGCUUGCGAAGAGGGCCGCUGAUGAGUACCGGAAGUUCCUUGUCUUGAUGGGCAUGGGGGAGACACCGAUCGCCUCCAAAAUGGUUCUCGACGCCUGGCAUUCCCACAUCAUGUACACGAAGAUGUACGAGCGGGACUGUCAGGAGGUAUUUGGCCACCAGCUGGAACAUGACCCCCUCGGUGAGCAAUUGGAAGAAACUCGCCUGAAGCAGACGCAGCAGCAGAUCUGUGACUACUUCGGCAUGGUUGACCGACUUGUGUGGUCGGCAGCAAAGCCAGCUGCUCUCUCGGAGAGCACGGACCCUUCUGACACAGCGGCCAUCAUGGAUCAGUGGCUGGACCACAUCAACGAGGAGGUUGUGCUCCGUAAAGGUCUCCUGGCAGAGGACGUCCACGUGAUGGUGGCUUCACAGCAUACCAACACGGCCGUGACUCACACGGGCCUCGAGAACGCUCUGUCCUUCUUCCACCACUACAGCCAUGCCACCAAAGCCCGGAAGUUCCUGUCCGCGGACCACGAGGCCUUUGCCAUCGAGAUUCAGAAGGGCAAGCGCAUGGGGGCCGACAUCUUCGAGGUGGACUCUGACGGGAAGAUUCUGGACGUGAAGAUCUUCAUGGCCACCCUUUUCAAGGACGUAGACGACCUCGACGACACAGGGCUCGAGAAUCUCACCGUACACUACACGGGCAACGGAUCCAUGGCCAGGAACACUUACCCCCUACAAGCGAUGGUCCAAGUCGGGGAGGCAGGCGGUGCCUUGACCAAAGCCGCCAUGGAGACGUGGAUGCUCAAUUUCAACAACAACGCAGCUGAGAAACACGACCUUCUGGCGGCCGACGUGCACUUGACGCAUAUGUCGCAAGUGACCGAUGCGCCUGAAACUCGUGACGGGAAGGCUGAAGUGAUAGACUUCUUCCGCGACUUCGAAAAUGCCACUGGGGCUCGAGAGUUCCUUUCCGUGGACGGAGGCGCCUUCAUGAUCGAGAACAAGGGCAAUAACCUCCACCCCCGGAUGGGACUCCUGAUUUUCGAGGUGAACCCCGAAGGCAAGAUCCAAGACAUCAAGAUUUGGGUGGCCUCCCUGCAGGGAGACAGAGACGACUUGAGCGACAGCGGCCUGACCAGCGUCGCGCCGUCGCUACUGGGCUCACGCGGAGAGGAGGCUUCGGUUUCGGGCGCGACUGAGCCUGCUGUGUGCCAGCAAUCCGGCAGCCGACCAUCGCUGCAGCAGAUGCAGAGGUUCAACGCGUCUGUUGAAAAGGUGAAGGCGCUGGAUCUGGAUGCGGUCGUGGCUUUUCUCGUGAAGAAGGACGGCUACUCGCCCACGAAGGCAGCAGAGCUCGCGGAGGAAUACCGCAAGUACCUGGCCCUGGUGAGCAUCGGUCUCAGCCCCGUGCCGUCGAAGAAGGUGGAUGAUGCAUGGCACGCCCACAUCCUAAACACCAAAAAGUACCAGGCAGACACCCGCGCUCUGUUGGGCCACUUCCUCCAUCACGAGCCGGCGAACCUUCUCCUUGAGCAGCAGGGCAUGAAAGAGCAGAAAUCGUCCAUGGACAACAUGUUCUCGCGCACCAAGAUGCAGCUCUGCGACUACUAUGGCCGCGUCGAUGAAGCGGCGUGGUCCAGGGAAGACAAUCCGGUAGACUUGGUUGUUUUCGUCCGUGUCACCUGGACUAUCCAAGUCGUGCGGGUGCCAAUGCGGCUUGUGUCUGCCACCUCCCUGCAGAUGCCAGCAGUGAUCGGAGUAUUGUUCCGGUCGCAGUUGCGCAAAAGAAGAGACCCUGGCAAUUCCAGGGCCCAAGUCACGAUCUGCUGGAGCAUCGGUAGGUGUGGUCGAUCUCGUUCCGGCUCUGCCUGGCUUAAGAGCAAGAUUGCUGUAGUCACCUUCCUCUCACCUACCGCCAAUCCACCUUGGAUUGACAUUGCCAUGAAGCCCGCGUGCGUUGUGGCUUGCUUGUUUGCUUUGGCUUUCAAGGCCGGGGUGUCUGCCGACACCCUUCGGGUCGACGGGGCUGGAACAGAUGUCGCGGAUGCCAGAGGAACGGAAACCGCGGACGCGUGCCAGUCCGGGAGCCUGAUCCAACGCCUGAGCUCAUCCCAUAAGGUGCUGUCCGACACUGAGGCGACGCCGGCGGAGUCCCUCAAGAAGACACCAGAGAUCAAGGAGAAGAAGAAGAAGCUGAAGAAGCAAAAGUCGAACAAGAAACACUCAGAUUUCAUGGCCUUUCUCGCCGAGGCAGAAAAGGAUGGGCCUGGGCAUCCUGAGGGCUCUGAGUGCGAGCCGGCAGGAGCUCCGCUAUUGGGCGAGAACAGGGCAAAGUUCGAGUUGCUUUCGCAGAAGGUCUUCGCCCUCGACCUGGAUCCUGUCCUCGCCCGCCUUGUCAAGAAAAGCGAUUACGCACCCAAGCUUGCGAAGAGGGCCGCUGAUGAGUACCGGAAGUUCCUUGUCUUGAUGGGCAUGGGGGAGACACCGAUCGCCUCCAAAAUGGUUCUCGACGCCUGGCAUUCCCACAUCAUGCCACCAGUCCGAAACAUUAGCGCACUUCUUGUCCCCGGUAGUUCGCGCGAGACCAGGUACACGAAGAUGUACGAGCGGGACUGUCAGGAGGUAUUUGGCCACCAGCUGGAAAAUGACCCCCUCGGUGAGCAAUUGGAAGAAACUCGCCUGAAGCAGACGCAGCAGCAGAUCUGUGACUACUUCGGCAUGGUUGACCGACUUGUGUGGUCGGCAGCAAAGCCAGCUGCUCUCUCGGAGAGCACGGACCCUUCUGACAUAGCGGCCAUCAUGGAUCAGUGGCUGGACCACAUCAACGAGGAGGUUGUGCUCCGUAAAGGUCUCCUGGCAGAGGACGUCCACGUGAUGGUGGCUUCACAGCAUACCAACACGGCCGUGACUCACACGGGCCUCGAGAACGCUCUGUCCUUCUUCCACCACUACAGCCAUGCCACCAAAGCCCGGAAGUUCCUGUCCGCGGACCACGAGGCCUUUGCCAUCGAGAUUCAGAAGGGCAAGCGCAUGGGGGCCGACAUCUUCGAGGUGGACUCUGACGGGAAGAUUCUGGACGUGAAGAUCUUCAUGGCCACCCUUUUCAAGGACGUAGACGACCUCAACGACACAGGGCUCGAGAAUCUCACCGUACACUACACGGGCAACGGAUCCAUGGCGAUGGUCCAAGUCGGGGAGGCAGGCGGUGCCUUGACCAAAGCCGCCAUGGAGACGUGGAUGCUCAAUUUCAACAACAACGCAGCUGAGAAACACGACCUUCUGGCGGCCGACGUGCACUUGACGCAUAUGUCGCAAGUGACCGAUGCGCCUGAAACUCGUGACGGGAAGGCUGAAGUGAUAGACUUCUUCCGCGACUUCGAAAAUGCCACUGGGGCUCGAGAGUUCCUUUCCGUGGACGGAGGCGCCUUCAUGAUCGAGAACAAGGGCAAUAACCUCCACCCCCGGAUGGGACUCCUGAUUUUCGAGGUGAACCCCGAAGGCAAGAUCCAAGACAUCAAGAUUUGGGUGGCCUCCCUGCAGGGAGACAGAGACGACUUGAGCGACAGCGGCCUGACUAGCGUCGCGCCGUCGCUACUGGGCUCACGCGGAGAGGAGGCUUCGGUUUCGGGCGCGACUGAGCCUGCUGUGUGCCAGCAAUCCGGCAGCCGACCGUCGCUGCAGCAGAUGCAGAGGUUCAACGCGUCUGUUGAAAAGGUGAAAGCGCUGGAUCUGGAUGCGGUCGUGGCUUUUCUCGUGAAGAAGGACGGCUACUCGCCCGCGAAGGCAGCAGAGCUCGCGGAGGAAUACCGCAAGUACCUGGCCCUGGUGAGCAUCGGUCUCAGCCCCGUGCCGUCGAAGAAGGUGGAUGAUGCAUGGCACGCCCACAUCCUAAACACCAAAAAGUACCAGGCAGACACCCGCGCUCUGCUGGGCCACUUCCUCCAUCACGAGCCGGCGAACCUUCUCCUUGAGCAGCAGGGUAUGAAAGAGCAGAAAUCGUCCAUGGACAACAUGUUCUCGCGCACCAAGAUGCAGCUCUGCGACUACUAUGGCCGCGUCGAUGAAGCGGCGUGGUCCAAGGAAGACGUUGCUCUUUGCGCUUCUCGCAGCUGCAAAUCUGGCAGCUUUUUUUGGGUUUACUUUUUUGAGUUCCUGUUUUGCCAGAAUCCGGUAGACUUGGUUGUUUUCGUCCGUGUCACCUGGACUAUCCAAGUCGUGCGGGUGCCAAUGCGGUUGCGGUUGCAGCUGUGGAUGCGCAUGCUCAUGUGGGUGUUGUUGCUGAGCGAGGCUUGUGUCUGCCACCUCCCUGCAGAUGCCAGCAGUGAUCGGAGUAUUGUUCCGGUCCCAGUUCCGCAAAAGAAGUUCCAACCGUGCGAGGUUUUGCUACAUGUAGCGACAUCUGGGUCUUGA